GGAGCAUGUAGAACGUUGCAGAAACCAUACUCCACCACGUGCCGAGCGCCUUAGCCAUGGCACCCUGGAUACGAGGCGCCCUGCUAAGCCUCGCACCUCCAGAGCUCUUGGGUGUUACCUCUGGCCGGAGCCACUUACUGGUGCCUGUGUCCCAGGACUUGUCGAUCGACUUGUUGGAGGCUGGGCUUUCUGAACAAGAGCGUUUUGUGGAUGCUGCUUUGGAUGCACCGGUGGACUUGCCCGUGGCAGCCGCCGCCAGUGAUCCUUACGGUGUGGUCUUGUGGCCUGCUGCCCAAGUGGUCGCUGCUGUCCUGGUGGCGCUGCUGUUGAAGGACUCCUCUCGCCGCCACGUCCUCGAGCUUGGUUCCGGCACCGGGCUUUGUGCCCUCUCAGCCGCCGGCCUGCAGCCAACGGUGCCCCCGGGCGGAACGGUGGCCGUGCUGGCCACGGACUACCGGGAGGAACCGCUGGAACUGUUGCGGCAGGCGGUGCCGUUGAACGAACAGCGGCUGGGACAGCCCUUGGAGAUCGCCACGCGCUGUUUGGAUUUCACCUGUGAGCCCUUGCCUCACACGGACGUCCUGGUGGCCGCCGACCUGCUGUACCUUCGCUCUACCUCCGAAGCACUGGCUGCAGGAUGCCUCUCCGCGCUCCAACAUGGGGCCCAUGUCUUGGUGGGAGACACCCAGCGCCCGGGGCGGCCCUUCUUCCUUCGUGCGCUGGCGCAUGCGCUCGGGAAAGCGGUGCACUUCGAGACGGUGGAGGGAUGGAGCUUAGCGCUGCCGAGGAAAACGGAGCCGCGACCCGGUCGGUGCAGAAGCUUUGAGGGCACGAGCUGAUUGCCUCCACGACGACCGCGGCCCCACGUCCGCAGCAGGUCGGCUUGCUUUACUUGACGCCAGAUGACCUUGCAUAAAAAGACCGGCUUGACCAGAGGUCGACUCCAUCGACUUCAGUGAUGUUCUUUUGCUCUGCGAUAUCAUACCCUGCUGGAGGGAGAUGUGGAGUCCGAGUCGGAACGCCCAUGUCCUUCAAGUAAAACGGAGACAUGUCCUUUGCCUCUCUUGCCAGCAUGGUGCACAACGUGUGCAUGACAUUAAGUGCAUAGCUUUGCAAUUUGCUGCAAAUAGAAUCGAAACUUUU